CGAACACGCAUAUACCCAAGACGAAUAACGCCGUUCUUUUGCUCCGCAUAGCACUGUACAGCUGUGCUCGAGUGGCCAUCUCAGAAUCACAGACUGUCCAAAACAUAGCAUGAGACAUUACGACAUUCCUUCAAAACGCGUCACGACCACGACUUAGAUUGAACGACUCUCUUGAAGAAGGAACGAUUGACCUCGACGCAUGCCUUCCUAAUACAACACCUUCACCAUGUAUCUUCCUCGAACGCUUCUCUCACAUCUCUACACACAUCUGGUCCGCAACACGCACCCACUCUCACCGCCAGUCUUGAUACUCGUAUCACUCGACCCGGAUGCUCUCUGCGCGUGUCGGAUCCUCACAGCACUUCUCAAACGCGACUACAUUCCUCACAAAGUCCAACCGAUAGCUGGAUACAGUGAAUUGGCAGCCGCGGGAAAAGAUCUUGUCCUCCCUUUGACGCGUCAACAUGGUGGACAAGGAGGCAUUGUCGUCUGUCUAGGCGUCGGUGGACUGGUUGACUUGGAAGAGAUGCUGGGUCUGGACGGAGGUGAAGAUGCGGAGACACAAAUAAACAUGUACGACCACGGCGUUGAAGUCUGGGUCGUCGAUGCUCGUAGGCCGUGGAACUUGCAAAAUGUCUUUGGCACAGGUGUCAUGGCACCACCAGAGGAGCAAGACACAGUAGCAAAGAGGAGAAGAGGUGUCGACGGCGGCAAACUGCUACCAUCAUAUACGCCGGGGAGAGGAGGCAUCAUUGUCUAUGAUGACGGCGACAUUGAGCAAGAGCUGAAUGCUGAAAAGGAAGCCUUUUGUGCUUUGCAAGACAUGCCCGACAUUGACGAAGAAGCAGAUGAUGGUGACUCUGACGAAGAGAGCGAUUCGGAAGAUGCUGUUGAAGAUUCGCAGACGAAAAAGAGGAAGACUUGGAGCGACGACGACGUCGAGGAAGAGGCCGACAGUGAAGAUGAUGCUGACCGACCUUAUCAAAGGCGACGAAGCAAUUCAAACACAUCAAUACCUGCCACGCCUAGAUCACCAGCGUCACGACACGAACGACUUGAAAUGUCAAAUCAUCCCUCAUCCUCACAGCUCGGUCCAGUUCCGUCGUCACCGCCACUUCAACCCAAGGAACCAUCUGCACGCUCGCUACGUCGCAAGCUACUCAAGAUGAAGCGAAAGCACGAAGCCGUUCUGGAAGCAUACUACUCGUUAGGCACUUCGGCCUCUGAGCCCAUAUCUUCCAUGCUGUAUUCACUUGCUUCCGAGCUUGGUCGCGAAGACAAUGAUCUUCUCUGGCUGGCACUCGUAGGCAUGUCUUCUACCGAGCUCUACGGCAGAUCAAAGACUGCAAACUCCGAGACACGCCAGAACCCAUGGAACCUGAGUAGAGGUGAUCAGAUCCGAGAUGUACUUCGCGAUGAAGUCCGCCGUCUGAACCCCGUGCCAGCUUCAGAUAUUGCCAGGGAAAGAGACGAAGCAGGAGGUAUCAUUCCUACUCACGCUCGAUCACCAACGGACAACUCGAUCCGUCUGUCCCCAGAGCCGAAAUUUCUUCUCAUUAGACAUUGGUCAUUGUAUGAGAGCAUGCUGCAUUCACCAUAUCUGUCAUCACGACUACACAUCUGGUCCGAUGCUGGACGAAGGAGGUUGCACAAACUUCUGGCCAAGAUGGGUGUUUCCCUAGCUGAAGCCGAAAAGGGCUACACACACAUGGAUAUGGAGCUCAAGCGUGGCCUUCGAGAACGUCUGCUCAAGUUCGCUCCCAUGUACGGCCUUGAUGGCUUGGUACCGCCCGAAGACAGUCACCAUCACAGACAUGAAGGUUGGGGAUUCGUCCGCUCCUGGGGCUGGCAAGCCUGUCUGUCCGCUGUCGACGUCGCUGUCAUCACAAGUGCCAUCCUCGAAGUGGGCACAGAACGCAUUUUCGAAUCCAUCUCUGCCGCCACACCACAAACCGACUUCCGCAUGAAGGUCUACUCCAAUUACAAUUCACGUAUGCAAACACUACCUACACCACCCACAUCACACAACGGCGACUCAUCACCAUCAGCGUCGCAACUCGAGCUCGAUGCUUCAAUCUCAGAUCCUGACUGGACGACUCACCGUUUCUUCGCCGCAUACGAUGCUUUGUCGCCUUCGUCCUCUGCUCUCCAUCUGCUGCUAUCUCAUGUACCCACAGCACAACAUUUGCACAGAGCUAUUCUCCGUACCGGCAGUGCAUUGGUAUCGAAACACCAAAUCCGCCAUUUACGCGCUUUUCGCAUGGGCGUUGUCCGCGAAGGACCCGAUGUAGGUCUCUUCAUCCACCCCGGCGCCCUUGUGAAACUCGCCACCUGGAUUGCCGAAGCCAUUUCCGUGCUUGAAGCAGAAAAAGGCGCCAAACGCAGCAAUGACAAUGCACUGGUUCUCGCUGCUCUGGAUGAGCGUAGGGGAGUAUAUGUGGUCGUUGGUCUUGGUGGUGGAGACGCAGCAUCAGGACGCGUGAGAAGCCGUGCAGAGCAAAAGGCGCGCGCGGACAAGAAAGCAGCAAAAGAAGCACAGAAAGCGGAGAAGAAGGCUCAGAAAGCGGUUCAACGCGCUCAACGCAAACAAGAUCGCCGAGAGCGCGACGAGGCAAAUGGCAUCUUCGUGGACAGCGAUGAUGAAGCCUCUGACGCCGAAUCACUUUCCUCUGGCUCUGAUUCCAGCGACUCGGAGUCCGAAGACGAAGAAGAGGUUGAAAAGAGAAAGGAGAGAGGGUAUGGCAGCAACAAGUUCGGCUCUGCUUUCCAGGAAGUUGUCGAGGAGACUGGAGCCAGAGUGAGGAUUGAUUCGUUCGAGCAUGAGGUUGUCGAGGUCAAGAAGGAGGAUCUGAGUGGGUUUUUGGAGGCAUUGAGUUUUAAGGCUGUUGUUGGAUGAUUUCUGUUUGAUGCUUGAUGUUGUGGAAGGGAGCAUCGCUGUUGAUGUGAUGCAUUCAUAUGGCAUGAAAGGGGAACUGGCGUUUGCACCUGAUUACUUGUCUCACUUUGUUUUUUUCUUAUGCUAGAAAGCGCUUAUGU